AUGAGCAGAUUCCUCUUCACGUGGAUGCCAAAUCAGGAAUUUCAUUCAUCCUGCAACACUUUGGAAGAUUGCGAGAAAACUCGGCAUGAGCAUUGCAGCGUGUGCAUGGCUGCCAACAUGGUAGCUUACAUUCGUCAUAUGAUUGACGAAGACUGGCUGACGCUGUUCCUGGCAAAAUUGUCGAAGGCUGAGAAUUUAUUUGAAUUUAAACAUCAGAAAUUCAUGCUUUAUGAUGAAAAGGAGAAAAUGAUCGACGAUAUAAGGUUAUUUUCCAACUAUGCAAGGUCGUCAGCACAAGACGCUAUAAAAACCUUGAAAUCGAUUCCUGUUGCUGCUCGAAGAGCUUUACCUGUUGUAGUCAGCGUGGAAGGGUUCCUGUUAAGCAUUCCAAGCAUUGGUUUCAAAUAUUGUCCUUCAUUGGAAAUAUCAGCAGAAUUCAGGCCAAGAGUUCCACUUGGUGGAGGACAUACUUCUUUUGCUUAGUUAGCUGAUCUUUGAUUCCGGGAAGGGAGGAAUGUUUCGACAGAUUUU